AUGUCAUAUGGGAAGGCGAAGAAUAACGUGGGUGGUGACGGUAGAGACCGAGAUGAAGACAGCGAAACCCUUGUUGGGGGGGUAAAACUGUAUGCUUGUAAGGCGAAGAAACUUAAAAACUGCUCGAAUCGUUUCGUAAUGCUUUACAUGACAAAAUCAGAAGCCCGCAGGGCUAGAGCCGAUUUUGAAGAUACCAUCGGUAUCCAGGUUACUGGUGUUGCACUGUCUGAAACCAUUAAGCAAGCGAAAUGGGGCUAUCGACCGGACAGUGAAAAUACUUCUCAUUAUUGCUGCACAGAAUCAUUAGAAGGAUUUACUUCAGGCUAG